CACUCGCUGGCGCAAUUCUCCGUUUGUCGCCUGUCGCGUCACAUGACCCGCCGUUGUUCCCGUGACCAAAAUUGACGGAAAAUUCAAAUAUCCACGAGCGGAGCGAGUCGAAAUCGGCGGCCAGUCGACAACGAAAUGGACAUGCUUGAUCCGUUGGACAUCAGGUAUGUCUCACGACCUCCUUCAACCCCCAAUCGUCAAACACAAUCUCAUGAAGAACAUGAUAACAAGGCAAUAUUGCAACAGAGCCUUUCGAUGGAAGACCACAGUAUAGGAAGUGAUGAUGUUGAUGAUCCACAUGUAGAACACCUUUCCCCACAGACUCUUCUGGAGACACCUGAUGAUGAUGUGCAAUAUUCAUUUAGAACACCAGAAGGGACAGUAACAUAUGGAGUAUUAAAAGUUGAGGAGGAAACUGUUCCUCAGCUGGCAAUACCAACAUUUACAAGUGCAUCAGUGCCACAACUUGUCACAUCCAACAUCAAUGGUCAACUAUAUGUGAUAAGCAACGCUUCAGACGUUUUUGUCAGUCAUCAGGCGACGACAGGAACGCGACCAAUCGUGCCGAGGGCUACAAUGGUGGAGUCUACACCAGUUGUGCCUGUUACAAGCAAUAAAAAAGUUAAAAGGGACGAACGUCGAAGAGCAACCCACAAUGAAGUGGAGCGUCGUCGGCGUGAUAAAAUUAACAAUUGGAUCAACAAGUUAGCAAAGAUCAUCCCCGAGACGUCAGGCGAGAUGAAGAGCAAUGGCCACUACGAUGGCCAAUCGAAAGGCGGUAUUCUUGCCAAGGCGUGCGAAUACAUCGCAGAAUUACGCGCAUCACAGCGUUUGCUGGAAGAAACCGAAGUGGAGCGGAAACGUUUGGAAGACGCGCUGGAGGAUGCGAAGCGGAAAAACGCCAGUCUCGAUAUGGAGAAUAAGGCGCUGCGAGAAUUACUGCAACAGCACGGCGUGCAGCUGCUCGACGAAUCGUCAUAGCUUGAGACGUGGAAUUUUAACAUUUUAAGGACAAUUGGAGUGUGAAGGAGCCAUAAACUGGGUGAGAUUUGAGUAAGUACAUUAACAUGAUGUAUAUAAAUCAAAAAAGAGCACCUAGUGUUGAAUUUUACAUUAAAAUUCAGCAAAAUGCUGCGACGAUAUGAUAUCGCCCAAAUCAUUUAUGUAUAUGAAUUUGUUAGCUAUGCGUUGGUCGAAGGUGGCGUGAUGUCACCUCGAUUUUGUAUAAAUUGUGGUUGCUUCGAUUGGGAUGACUUCACCCCGAUUUGUACUAAAUCUAUCUGUCAUUUGUACAAGUCUAACUCACAUGUAUUAUUUCGUGAGGAUGAUCAUUUUACGUUAUAUUCUACAUAUUAGGAUGUUAUUUUGUUAUUUUUAUUUACACACAACGAUUGGUUAAUAUAAAUGUAAUUACUUUUAAA